AAAAGCCAAAUAAACACAAAUUUAAUCUGAAAAUAAUUAAAAAUGGACUACUACAGCUCUGAUUCGGAGUCUGUGGUGUCUUCUUCUACCUUUGAUGACUACGAAAACUCAGAAAAUAUCAACUUUGAAUUCCGUCAAUCGAAUCUCUUCAACUAUCUCGCCGACGUAAAUUCCGCCAUUCAAGGUCACGACGAGAUCACAAUCGACAACGGCUUAGCUCUGAAUGCCAAAUACAAGCAACUUUUGUUGGAUUUACGGACGAAAUUCGAGCAAAUGUUACAAGCGGUACAAGAAAAAUAUGCCGCCAACGAAGUUUUGCUCGACCAAUUACGGAAUCAUUCCAUGCCGAAAAAUACUUCGACUCGCAAUGCCAGUAUUUACAUCUGCGGGGCGCCAUAUUUCAAAGAAAUCGAUUUAAGUCCGGGACCAAACAACAAGGACUACAUUUAUCGAAAAAAUGUGCGGAAAGAAUUCUUCCCCAUUGACUAUUUAUCGCUGCCGAAGAGAUUUUGGACCUCCAAAGACAAAGUUGACAUCGUCAAAGGCGUCAAAGAGCAAAUUAUCAAUCAUCUCCGGGCGGGAAACAGUUCCGACAUCAGCGAAAUCCGAAAUACGCAAAAACUCUCGCGAAGCACGAGCAAAAAAAUCACAAAUAUGCGCGAAAUGGCGGGAGAUUUGGAGAAAAAACCCUUUCCGCAGCUGUACAAAAUGGUUGAAACGACAAAUUUUUCCAUCGAUUGGAGCAAAAUUUCCUUUAAAAAUCUCGAUUCGCGUCAUUUGCCGAACGAAUGCAUGGCAAUGUGGAAUCACUACUUGAAACCGGGUCUGAAUCACGGUUUGUGGACCGAGGAGGAGGAAGAAAAACUGCAAGACGCCGUAAUUCGUCACAAUUAUCAGGAUUGGGAUGCAAUUGCGGCAUGCACGAAUGCGAGAUCGCCCAUGCAAUGUUUCGUCCAUUAUCGAACUGCGUUGUCGGAAAGUGCGCAAGUGAAGAAAAAUGAGAAAUUUACGCCGUUUGAGGAUCAGCAACUGCUUGAGCUUGUUGAAAAGUACAGCGAUGGCGAUGUGAUUAGUUGGACAAAGGUUUGUCAACAGAUGCCGGGCAGGAAUCGGUAUCAAUGCUAUCAUCGAUACAUGUUCACAAUUAAGCCAGGGAUAAAAAGAGAUCGAUUUACUGUCGAAGAGGAUUGUGCGAUAAUUGCUUAUGUUCAUGCACAUGGAGAAAAUUUCGGGAAAAUGCCUCCGAAUUUGUUGCCGGGAAGAACUCCUGUGCAGAUCAGGAAUCGGUAUAAUAAUACACUCAAAGCGGUAGAUAAUAAAGUUUGGACUGUGGAAGAGGAUCAGAAAUUGAUGGAAUUCGUCGAAAAAAACGGCACAACAAAGUGGUCUGAAUUCGCCAAAUUCAUCGGGACAAAAACCCGUUUCGCUUGCCGAUGUCGCUAUUCCACGAUCAAAAAAUAUCUCGAGCGAAAUCCAAAUGCCUGCCUCCAAGAUGUACCUCGCAAAGACAAAAGUCGCUCCACGAUGGUAAAUCUCGACAAUUACCUCGAAGCUGCUGCUGAACUGAAAGCAGCUCGAGAAAAUCCCGCUGCCAUCAAUUUCCCAGAAAAAACUUUGAAAAAAAUGUACCCUAAAGCGCACAAAAGUGUUCGAGACGAUCGAUUGUUACUCGAUAAAAACGGCAUGAAAUUAUCCUCGCAAUUUUUCCUUUCCUACAAUUAUCGCUUUGGCAGAAUUCCGCGUCCUUUUUCACUUGCGGACACGAAACGAACUUUCACGAUGCUGCAAUUGAUGGAUUUUGAGCUAGAUUUCGACAGAUUUCAAAGUAGUUUCUUGCUACUUCCGCAAGAAACGCAAAAUAAUUUGACUCUUGUGUUGAAUUUGAACACGUCGGAACAAAUGCAAGACGAUAUUCGGUACGUGAAAAGUUUUGGAAAUAAAUUUCCGGUGAAUUUUAAUUCAGUCGUGGCAUGGCGAGCGAUGCAAAUUCUCGUAGCGGAUCGUCCUUGUGCGAAAAUCGAUCUAUCUCAACGCGGAAGAGAAUUUUUCUUCAAAUAUAAUUUAUUUUUACGGAGAUUCAAGCAAAUUUUUUAUUGGACUGCGUUACUGAGCAAAAUUGAUCUGAAAGUCAUCAAAGACAGAAUUGCAGGAAAAGUAACAAAAGAACCAGAAACCAUCGAAAUUGUGAAUGAAAUUAUCGGCAGCGAAGAUGAAGACGAAAUUCCAGUUGAGGUUGAAAUGGAAGAAGAGCCAACAGUUGAGAGUGAAAAAGAAGAAGACGAAGAAAGUGACGAUGAAAAUGCCGUAGAUUUCCUUUUGAGUCACAUCCAGAAACAAGCACAAGAAAAAUCUCUCAUGGAGGCAAAUUCUGAGGAUGAAACUCCUUUGAGUAUGCCUGCAGAUAUUGAUUUUGAAGAAACAGUGAAAGUUGAGGAAUCUCAAGCGGAAAAACGAAAAAAUAAAGAAAUAGAGUUUAAAAAACCAAAGCGAGUUGCUGCAGCAAAGUCGAUGCCUUUAACGUGAUUUAAGAAAAAAAAAAAUAAAUUUUUAAUAAUUUUUCAUCUGAAAAAAUUUUUUUAGUUAAAAAUAAAUUUAAA